CAGAAACAGAGAGAAGUUAAAAGGAGAACAAGCAGACUCCUCUGAGGCACCAAACCCAUCGCUGUCUUCAUUUCAUUAUUGGUCUUCAAACAUAAAGAUGGUGCAAGGCAAGUGGAGGGAUGCUUUGUUUCACUUCACACUCGUGUUGUUGCUGGUCCUUACAUCCGCUCUGAGGACUCUGGACUCAGAACAACAGCUACAGAACAGCGGCUUUGGUCGUCCCCCGCCCCGCCACGGCCUCAAGCUCCUAAAGUGGUACGUCCAAACCUGCCUGGACAACAACAUGAGGGCUUUGUGUGAUCCUGAAAAGGGAGAAUAUGGAUUCCAUGAGUUCAAGAACUUUGGACGUCCUCCUCUGCUUCCAGUGAUUCAUGACAAAAGGCAGUUCAGAUAUUUUACUCUCGGGAACCUCCACUCUCAUCAUGCAGAGGACUUGCCUUACGAUGUCAGGAAGUACUACGACCGCAGAGAUCCUAAAAGUAACCAGGACAGAGUUCUGGUGAAACUCAACAAGAACAACAGACGCAUUGAGGAGAUAUAUGCGUCUGCACAUUAUCAUGCAGCAGAGACGUACAGAAUCGGCCAGGAACUUGUUGCUGCUCUUCGACAGAGAGAGAAAUCUUGUUUUUACCAAAACGGGAUGAACGUCUGAUGCAGAAUCCCUUCUUUGGCUGCCCAUCCCCGUUCAAUACCAUAUUAACAAUCUAAGCUUUUAAUGUACCAAUCCUGAAAACAAGCUUCUCUUAAUUUAGGAAAUGACUGUAACUAUUGACUUUCUUGCUUGUAGAACAUAUGAAGAGGUUUGCAUAAAAUUAAU